CGCUUUGGUUUUGGGUUGGCUUUCGUGUGCAAGAUUUCCGCCAGGACUGGUUCCGAAGCAUGAUCGGCGCUUUCUUGGCUUCAGUCUUGAGAAAGUUUCCGUUCGAACAAGAAGUGCACUUCGUUUCGCUGCCGUGUAAUUUUUAUUGUUAUUGUUAUAGUUAUUGUUUAUUUUGUGUGUGUUGUUUGAACAACCCGGAGAGGUUCAAAACUGUGAGUGAACAACGAUUUGAAAAUUGAUGCAAUUAGGUGGAAUGGUUGCUGGAAUACUAAUUGAAAAGUGGUUUGCGUGGAGCAUGAAAGAUUUGUACUUGUUGGGCCACAGAAUGAUCGGGUUCGAGAGUGAUCGAUUGGAAAAGAUUGGAUCGCUUAAAUCCGCGAUCACCUUCUUGCUUAGCGAGAUAAGGCACGGUGUGCAAUAAGGAAGAAAACAUAAUAAAAGGCGAACAAGGGGGAAGGUUCCUAGAAGAAGCAUUAUAAAUCAUAGGCUGCGGCAGAAAGAAAUGAAAAUAAAUAUGGAAUUGUGUGGAUCUCGCGCAUGUGAUGAAGAAUAUUGAGUGUUAUGAAGAAGAAAAUUUAACAGGCUUCAACAAAACAACACACCUAUACACACAGAAAGAGUGAGGGCAGAAGAGUGAAGAAUUGAAGAAACCUGAAGUGAUCGUGACGGAGAAUACGAGCAGAAGAAAAAUCUGUGUACUGAGAAGGUGUAGAAGUGGAAUGGAUUCACAUACUUAAGGGCAGCGCCGAAAAGCUCGGCGUAACAGAAGAGCACUGUCAAAGGAAGAAUCGACUAACCGAUAAUUACAACCAGUGUAAAGUGUCUUGGAGAUAAAAAAAACAAGCACUACGAAACAAAACAAAAUAAGGAAAAGAGGCGAUAAAAAAAGUUGAUUAAAAUUUAUACUCUCCUUUUUGUAUGCUGUUUAAUUGGACCCUGGCGAGCGCCGAGUUCAAAAUUUGCAACCACCUUCCUCCGCGAUUGUGUGUGUCUUGUUAUUUGGAGUGUUUCUCGCGUGCAUUCGGCAACUCCUUCAGUGCCUCUCUCACACACCACAGCAGAACAAUUAAGCGUUCAUAAAUUAGAUCUCUCCAAAAAUGGCCACCCUGGGUCUUUCGAAGGUGUUUAUAUUGGACAAGUAUUUUACCGAGCUGCAGAAGUUUUGGGAAACCGAGAAGAAGCUGCAAGAUGCUUCCUCUUCGAACGAGGCCGUUCACUUGCAACAGAGACUGAAGAGCUUAAGCUCAGAACUGGUAACGUUAAGGAAUCGCCUCCACACCGGGGGCCAAACGGCACCAACAGCAACAUCUGGGGGGCCAAAUGGUACUGUCACCGUCAACAGUGCAGCAGUAGUCACGCAAGCCACAACGCCAAAUGCAAACCCACAAACGCUUGGUGGUCACGGAACCGCGACUACCACCACCAAUGCCGGAGCAGGAGCAGGCCUCGUAGCAACGACGGUCGGCGCGAAUGGGAUCAAUAUUCUGUCACACCUGAACACCGCCAACAGUAACAGCUGCAAUAAUAUCCCCACAAAUGGCAAGAGCCAUAUGAUAGUGGCAUCAGCCCAGUGUAUACCUCCGAACAGCAAUGCGCUGAACCAUCCGGGCAAAGUCAUACCAAUAGUUUCGCCAAGGAAUACCUCUAUACCAUAUCCAUUGCCACAUCACAACAGCACGGGAACGAUACUUCUUGGAGAUACAGCACAAUGUGGCGGCGGUGGCAUUACCGGCGGCGGAACACUUCCGCGAAGAACGACAGUCGGCUUCAAUGCCAAAACCCAGGGCACUCUUGGGACAGGAGCUGGACUUACUGGAAGCGCACACCUCGUAUCCCCGGCCGGUAACACGGGUGGACCCGGUGGUGGUGGAGCGGUAAUCGGAGGAACCGUGACGCCGCACUCCCUUGCCGGGCGAACGGCUGGCGGUGUCAGUGGAGGCAAUGGCAAUGGUACCGGUAACGUCAGAGGAACAGCCCAUUUGGAUGACCUGAUACACCUGCCGGGACCGCUAACCGAGGACGCCGUAAUGCGAACGCUGCAAACCAGAUUCAACGAGGGAAAAUUCUUCACAAACGUUGGUCCCAUCCUCCUCUCCGUAAACCCCUACCAUGACGUGGGUAAUCCACUUACCCUCUCGUCAACCCGUUCAGUUCCCCUAGCACCUCAACUUCGCAAAAUAGUACAAGAAGCUGUCCGACAACAGGCAGAAACUGGCUACCCACAAGCAAUAAUUCUAUCAGGAACAUCAGGUUCGGGAAAAACGCACUGUUCGAUGCUACUUUUACGGCAACUGUUCGCCGUUGCUGGUGGUGGCCCCGAAACCGAUGCCUUCAAGCACCUGGCGGCGGCCUUUACCGUACUGCGAUCGCUAGGAUCGGCCAAAACUUCCACCAACUCCGAGUCUAGCCGAAUUGGUCAAUUCAUCGAAGUACAAGUGACGGAUGGCGCUCUCUAUCGUACAAAAAUUCAUUGCUACUUCCUGGACCAAACCCGUGUCAUCCGGCCGUUGCCGAACGAGAAAAAUUAUCACAUCUUCUACCAGAUGCUGGCAGGACUGAGUGCCGAAGAAUGUGCUCGACUGAAUCUGGAGGGCUACUCACCCGCUAAUUUGAGGUACUUGCAAAACGGUGACAUAAGACAGGACGAACAGGAGGAUGCUGCACGGUUUCAAGCAUGGAAAGCGUGUUUAGGUAUUUUGGGCAUUCCGUUUCUUGAUGUGGUGCGAGUUCUCGCAGCAGUUUUACUACUCGGCAAUGUACAGUUUGUCGACGGACAGGGCCUCGAAGUGGAAGUGAGUGGUGAAACGGAGCUGAAUGCCGUAGCAAAUCUACUCGGUGUUCCACCCGCUCAGCUGUUCCGUGGAUUGACCAUCCGCACACACAACGCACGUGGACAAUUAAUUAAAUCCGUCUGUGACGCCAAUAUGUCUAACAUGACGCGAGAUUCGCUAGCAAAAGCCCUCUACUGCCGAACGGUGGCAACAAUCGUCCGGAGAGCGAACAGUUUGAAACGUUUGGGCUCAACUUUGGGAACUCUGAGCUCCGAUAGUAAUGAAUCGGUGCACAAUCAGGCGGAAGUUGCGAGUCAACAUGCAUCCACUAUUGGCGGCAACGCGGGCUCGAAAUCAAUGGCUGCCCUCAACAACGCAGUUCGGCAUGCGACAGACGGGUUUAUCGGAAUUUUGGACAUGUUUGGCUUCGAGGAACCUCGCCCCGCCCAGCUCGAGCAUUUGUGCAUCAACCUGUGUGCGGAAACAAUGCAACACUUCUACAAUACUCACAUUUUCAAGAGUUCAGUUGAAUCAUGUCGAGAGGAGGGCAUCAUCUGCGACACCGAGGUGGACUAUGUCGACAACGUACCUUGUAUUGAUUUAAUUUCCUCUCUGAGGACCGGACUGUUGAGUAUGCUGGAUGCGGAAUGUUCCGUGCGGGGAACGGCAGAGAGCUAUGUGGCCAAAAUCAAAGUGCAGCAUCGAAAUUCUGCACGGUUAGAGCAGAGGGCCUCGGAACCGUACGAUCCAAGGAUGUUUGCCAUACGGCACUUUGCCGGUCGGGUGGAGUAUGAUACGACAGAUUUCUUAGAUACGAAUAGAGACGUAGUUCCUGAUGAUUUGGUGUCGGUUUUCUACAAACAUACGUGUAAUUUUGGAUUCGCAACACAUUUAUUCGGUACUGAAUUGAAAGCUUUAUACGCUCAGGACAAUGUGCCCCGUGGUUUGAGCUUCAGAAUAGCCCCCACAUCGCACACAGAUCUACUGAACGGAGAUGAGCCGGUAUCGACCCUAACACAAGACUUUCACACCCGACUGGAUAAUCUACUGAGGACAUUGGUUCAUGCGCGACCUCAUUUUGUGCGAUGCAUACGAAGCAAUACCGUCGAGAAGACUGGUGUUUUCGACCGGGGAACCGUUGUCCGACAAAUACGCGCCCUUCAGGUGCUUGAAACUGUCAAUUUGAUGGCUAGUGGAUUUCCACAUCGUAUGCGUUUCAAGCAAUUCACAGCUCGGUAUAAGAUGUUAGCUCCAUUCCGGUUGUUGCGACGCUGUGAGGAAAAAGCUCUGGAAGACUGCAAAUUGAUUUUGGAUUUCGCGCUGGAAAAUCCACCCGAGUUGGAUGGUUCGGUCACACUGUCGUGGGCACCUGGCAAGAGGCACAUUUUCCUAAGUGAAGGCAUUCGGCAGCAUUUGGAGAACCUGCGAACAGAGGUGCGGAUGAAGAGUGCGACGAUGGUUCAAGCAACGUGGCGGGGCUGGAAUUUACGGAAGAAGCUAGGCACCAUCAGGCGGUCACAUAAUAUCAAGCACGUGGGAAAUAAGUUGCUGACAGUAAACAAAAGCACGGGUAGAUUUUAUUUGUAAAUACAAAUUUUUGGAUCUUCUUUAACCCAGUUUUUUUAUUAAUUGUCAGCUACCAGACCAACGAACACAGGACCUCACACAAACGCAAACAAUACUGGUACUGCUACUAGACCAAGGCCGCAACCAAUCGCUGGAACGCCUCCUCCUGAUCCGAAUGAGAAAUGCGAUUCGAAAAUAAUUGCACAAACUUGUACCCUGUUUGGAUUGGAUUUGGAACGCCCUCCGCCGGUACCACCGUCCCGAUCAUAUACCGUCACUGGAAAUUCCAAACUCGGUUACCCACAGACUCGCAUCAUGAAAAUGAAUUUCCCUGAGGAUUCCGCCGCUGCCUCCGUCGGCGAACAGUUACGCAAGGGGGAAGCAGUUACGGUUACCGGAGCUUCUCAUCGCCGCGGGCAUCUAAUCGUUGAACACAACGGAGUGAGUCUUCAUGUGCCCUUCCAGUAUAUGGAGUUGGUUAAAAGUAUUUCCCCGGCGCCUCCAACGGCUACCGCCGUCAAUAUUUAACCGGUCGCUAAUUGACAAUCGCUCAGCCGCCCUCGUCUGUACUAUCGAUAUCUACUAUACACUAAAAACCACUACUUCAAAGUCUUCCACUCACAGAACGCAACAUCAACCACAGGUUAUUUAAAACAUAUUAGUCCACUAAGUUUUUACCCUUAGAUAUUUUAUCGUUGUUUGUAAGAUUCACGAAGAAACCGAUCGCGUUUGUACAAUAGCAUAUUUACCAUUUUGUUGACACACUCACGUAUUCAACGCGAACGGUCGAAAGUACUACACACUUGGACUGAUACCAUAGCUGACAAGUUAUGCUUGUUAGGAGGAUAUUCUUCGUCAACUGAUUCAAUUGAUAAGUGAACCACACUUUAUAGAAACGUUAAUUCUAUGAGGAUUCUUAAGUGCCAACUUUUUACGUAGGAAUAAAACAGUUAUUAGCUUAAGUAGACUUAUGCACAAUGCACAUGUUUGGAAAAAAAGUACUACCCAAUAGAUUAGCAACCACACGCAUCAGUCGUGGAAUAGUAUUAGGAAACCAGCACCAGACGUAAACAAGAGAUUUUGCUUCACCGCACAGCAUCAUCAUUUAUCAUCAACGGUGGUAAGAAGCUUUCAUCUUCUCUUCCAAGACGAAUGGGUGAAAAGUACAGAGAAAUCUCCUUGCCAAGUAAAUAGAAUUUUACAAAUGUUAAAUAGCACUUCCAAUGAAGCUCCCACAUAUUUCCUGUAUGCUCGCUCCGGUCUCUCCGGCAGUCUCCGCGAUAGGGUAUCCCAAGAGACAGCGGGAAUUGUUUACCGUCAUCUAUGAAGGAAGAAGAUGAUACAUACCUAUAGCUUAUUUGCAAAUGAACAGUUUUCCUGUAAUCGUGUCAACAAAAUACUUCGAACGAAAUUUAAGAAACGAAAAACAAUUAAAGUAUU